GCGCUGGACGCCGCAUCUAUAGGGCUCCAUAACUCAUUUACUGAGUUGUCUGGCGGCGGGGGCUCGGGUGUUGUGCUGGAGGACGGCACGCUUGUGUUCCCCAUGCAGGCCAUCAAAACGGAUGGAAAGAGCGUCUUGCUGGUCAUGCGCUUGGAGUCGUCGAAUAAGAAAUGGACUCUUUCGCGGCAGACGACCGGUGCGGGCUGCAGAGACCCGUCGAUCACGCGGUGGGGCGAAGUCCUCGCGAUGGCUCACUGUGCGGGCGGCUACUACGACGUGUACAAGUCCACCGCGGCCGGUACGGCUUGGUUCGGUGGCGCGCCGAUUAGCCGCGUGUGGGGCAACUCACUGAAGCGCCAGGGAGGGCACGGCGUGCAGAGCGGCCUCACCACCGCAAGCAUCGAGGACAUGGAGGUGGUGCUCCUCACCGCGCCGGUGUAUUCGAAGGAGGGCGACGCCGCAAAGGGCCAGCUGCAUCUUUGGUUGGCCGACGGUGCCCGCGUGCAUGACGCUGGGCCGGUGUCCGACGCCGCCCACAACGCCGCCGCCAGCUCCCUGCUGUACAAAAGCGGCGGUGCGAAGGAGGAGGAGUUGAUUCUGCUCUACGAGAAGAAGAAUGGCGACGGAGACUCUUACGAUCUUGUCGCUGUGAGCCUGACUGACAGGCUGCCGGAGAUUAAAAAAGUGGUGCGCGCCUGGAAGGAACUGGACGCCGCCUUAAAGGGCUGCACUCCCACUACAAGCCUCAACCCGAAAGAGAAGGGCAUGUGCAGCGGCCCUGUUCCCACGGAUGGGCUGGUGGGAUUCUUGUCCAACACGCUGGACCAGACCGCAUGGGUGGACGAGUACCGCGGCGUGAACGCAACGGUGAAGGGCGGGCAACUGACACGCACGGAGCGGGGAGUGACGUUCAAGGGAAGUGGCUCAUGGGCGGAGUGGCCCGUGGGAAGCAGGGGGCAGAACCAGCCGUACUACUUUGCGAACAACAAGUUCACGCUUGCGGCGACGGUGAUGAUCCACGCGGUGCCGGAGGCGGACACUCCUCUGCUGGGCGUGAGGAUGAACGACUCAGCGAAGACUGUGCUCUUCGGCCUCUCGUACACGCCGGACAGCAAGUGGAAGGUGACAGUCAGCGGCCAAAGCCGGAGAUUGCCAGAUGACGAUGAGACGUGGGAGGUGAACAGGGCCUACCAGGUGGCCGUGAAAAUGAAUACUGACGACGAGUUCGCUGUGUACGUUGACGGGGACGAGAUUUACGAGGGUACGUACGGCACUUCUCUGUUCGACUCGCACCGCAUCUCGCACUUCUACUUUGGCGGCGACGGUGCGGCGGCGAGCGCAACGGCCAGCCCCCACGUGACGGUGGCCAACGUCCUGCUGUACAACGACGAGCUGUUUUCUGACGGUUUCAAGAAACUCACGCAGAGCAAAGUGGCUCUUCCAAAGCCGGCCGCCGAGAAGGAGCAAGUCCGCGGGCCGCAGGCGGGUUCCUCGUUGCCCACGAGCGGAAGUGGGACGAGUGUUCCCGAAGUGGGGCCCGAGGUCAGCGGCGGUGAGGAGGAGGGAGUUGAAGAUGUUUUGGCACCUGCGGUCCCUCCACUGGUGGCCCCCGAAUCGCAUGCCGGGCCGAAACCCCCUGAGGAGACUGCUGCCAAAAAUGCCUCUUCGCAGGGGCCGGGAGCGCCGGCACUCCCUGCAGACAAGGCCCAAGCAGCUGCAGAGGAACACCAAAGCGAAAAAGAAACCAACGACAUCCCGGCGGCGCAAGGCAAAGAAGCAACACCUCCGCCACCAGCAGCAGGGGAGGGCCAUGGGGCCAAUGAUGGCGGGAAAUUAUCUCCUGAACGGCAGCCUGCGCCGAAGGCAGAGGAGCAGGAGGAGGGGGAGAGCGAAGUUCGAAGUGACGACGUUGUCUCGGAGCCUCUGCCGCCGCCAUCGCCAUCUCCACCGUCGAGCGUGAGUGCCCCUGCCGAGGAAGGCGAGGAUAAUGCGGUGGUCGGUGCGCCUGAAGGCGCCGGAGCGGAGCAGCCUCCUGUCCUCGAAGCGAAGGACGCCGCCCCAACCUCGGCAGCGGGUCCAGGCGCCAGCCCUCCCGUGCGCAGUGACGCUGACGAGGCUCCCACUAAGAGCACCCCUGGCACUGCGCCGCAUGGCACAGUUCAACCUACCGCUGCGGAGGCCGAGAAGGCGACACAGGGGCGUUGCGCCGCA